CCAAUAAAUAAAGUUUUAUUUCUAUUGUACAUUUAAAGUUCAAAGUUCAGCUCAAAACAAUAAAACGGGUAAGUGUGAAAACAAUCCAGGCUAAAACGUUGUGGGUCUCCAGAACCAGAACCUGCUGGGUUCUGGACGGGUUAGAGGUCCAGCAGAUCGGAGCUCUGGUUCCGCCGGAAGCAGCCUGUAAAGGGUUAAAACUCCUCGGACCUGAACUGUUCAUCUGCGCGCUCAGCAGGUGUAGGGGGCGUGGCCACCGCUCAGGUGUGAAGGCUGCUCGUGAGCUCAGCGGCUUCAGACGAACUUCCGCCAUGAUGAAGGCUCUGCUGUGGCUGUGCGGAGUCUUCCUCAUCCCCGCUGCGGCUGCGAGCAGCAGCGCCAGGUAACCACCUCACCUGGAGGGACCGGAAACCACCUGUAGGACUAUUGGAAUCAAUUCAUUUGAUCAGUUAUCUGUUUUUAAGAUAAUUACUAGGUUGUCUUUGAAAUAUUGUUUUAAAUGUAACAUUUUAAUAACUAAUUUUUAUUUAAUCACCAAAUCAUUUGAGUCUUUUUGCUAAUUUAUAUAAAGUAAAUAAUUGAUCUUUACUUUUUAACAUUAAGUAAUUAAUAUUUUAGAUUUUCUUCAUUUUUUAUUAGUUUUUUCAUUAUGUAGACUGAAUGUUAUGUUCUCAGACCUUCCAUCCAUUUCUAACACCUGGAGCCUCAGUGGGUCAGGAGGAGCUGCUGCCUCUGCAGCUCAGGUUCCGGGCGAGAGGCGGGGUCACAGGUCACCUGGACGGGUCACCUGGACGGGUCACCUGUCUGUCCAGGGCAUGUUCUCGGACCAAACUGGGGAAAUGAAAUGAUGAGAAUCAAGUCAUAAAAUUACGAGAUAAAUUUUAUUUUACCAGAACAAAUUCAUAACAUCGCGAGAAUAAAAUGUUUUUAUUGAUUCUCCCGUUUUAAGAUUCAUGUGUAAAUAAAUUACGUCACAUUUCAGAUUUUAGAGAUUGUUCCGGUCGGUUUGGACCAGAAACCUUUAAACGGGCCGGUGGUUCUGAAAGAACAGCAAUAAAAACCUGGAGGUCCGACCCGGUUUCUGAUGUCCGUCCUCUGGUUCUCCAGGCCGGACGCUUGGAACGUCACCCGACCCGCCAACCGACCCAAUUACCGACCUGAACCGGGCUCCCAGCCGUCCUACCUGCUGCUGGCCCCCGCGGGGCUCCGGCCCGGUCUUCCCUUCUCGGUGUCGGUCUCCAUCUUGGGCUCCUCGUCCGUCUCCGUCUCCGCUGAGAUCGUCUAUGAGAAAGAGACGCUGUCCUCCAACUCCACCACGAUUAAAGGAGGAUCCACCAGGCUGCUGACUCUGCCUGCUAUCCACCAAGUCGGGUCCAGCCCCGGAUGGACCUACACCCUGAAGGUCAGAGGUCGCCGCGGUUCGGUGCAGCUCUUCUCCAACUCCACGGAGCUGCAUGUGGACCCCCGCGGCGUCUCCACCUUCAUCCAGACCAACCAGCCGCGCUACCUGCCGGGCCAGGUGGUGAAGAUCCGAACCGUGUCGGUUCGCUCCAAUGGGAAGCCGUGUUCCGAACCGGCAGACGUUCUGAUCCGAGAUCCGAGAGGAAACCUUCUGAGACAGUGGCUGGACAAAGACGGCGUCCUGGGUGUGGUGUCCACAGAGUUCCAGCUGUCGGAGAACCCCCCGCUGGGCGAGUGGAGCAUCAUGGCCACCCUCAAGGGCGUUUCCAGUGUAAAGCGUUUCAGCGUGGAUUAUUAUGUUCUGCCCAAGUUCGAGGUCCUAGUCAAAGUCCCGGACGUGGUCCACUGGGAGGACGUCCUGAAAGGCUUCGUCUCUGCAAAGUACUUCUACGGCAAACCCGUCCGCGGACGCAUGGCCGUCACCUUCAGCCGCCGUUACCAUGGCGACGAUCAGACUCACAGCGAGGAGGCGGAGAUGGACGGAUCUGGGAAGUUCAGGUUUGAUGUUUCUCUGUUUUCUGCGCCGUGGAGCAGAAUGUUGAUCCGGGACGAGCGGCCCGACGUCCUGAGCGUCCAGGUGUCUGUGACCGAACACCUGACAGGUCUGACCUGUAACAGCACAGUCAGCGUCUCUCUGGCUAAAAGCAGAUUCUCCGUUACCUUUGAAGACUUUCCUAAAGUCCUCAGGCCGUCUCUCAGCUUCAGCGGCACCCUGAAAGUGUCGACGUAUAACGGCGAGCCGCUGCAGGACCAGAGGAAGCUCCGCGUGUCGGUGAAGCAGCGGCGGAGCCGACAGACGGUGGACCAAUGGAGUCUUUUCCCAAAGAACAGUUCUGAUUCCUCAUGGAUGGAUUGGGACGAGUCGUCCUCAGAGGACAUGGAGCUGCCUGUCCCAGUGGACGGACUGGUCCCUCUGCACAUCCAGGUCCAGAGGGACACACAGCGCCUCACUGUGGCGGUUUCUCUGGAGGACUGUGAGAAGACGCUUUCUGUGGACCGGAGCUUCCGCUCCCAGAGCCGCGCCUACCUGCAGGUCCAGAAACCCUCCUCACCUGCACAGGUUGGUUCCCGUCUUCGGUUGAGGGUUGAGAAGAACUUUCAGAUUCCUGACGUUCACUACUUGGUGAAGUCCAGAGGUCAGGUGGUUUCUGCUGGGAGCAGCUCAGGUGAUGUGAGUCUGGUUCCUGAGGCGUCCUGGGCUCCUCUGGCCUCCGUCGUCGUUUACUGUGUCCAUCCAGGCGGUGAGGUCAUCAAUGAUGUCAUCCAUCUGCCCGUCACGCACUUCCUGCAGAACAAGGUCACCCACCUGCUCUGGACGUCCUGCGACCUGCUGGGCCCGUCCAUCAGCGGUUUGGACUCGCUGGUCCAGAUGCCGUUCGGCUGCGGUGAGCAGAACAUGAUCCACUUCGCUCCAAACGUCCACGUCCUGCGGUACCUCAGCGCCAGAGGCCCGCUGGACCCGGCGCUGCAGAACCGGGCCACUGACUACAUGCUGAAAGGUUAUGAGCGGCAGCUGUCCUACCAGCGGGCCGACGGCUCCUUCAGCGCCUUCGGCCAGCAGGACUCGUCAGGCAGCACCUGGCUGACGGCCUUCGUGCUGCGCUGCCUACUGCAGGCGCGGCCGUGGGUUGGCGUGGACGGCCGGGUUCUGGAGAGCGCGGCGGCGUGGCUGGCGGCGCAGCGGACCGCGGGCGGCGCCGCGGCGGAGCCCGGCACCGUGAUCCACUCGGAGCUGCAGGGCGGCCUGGACGGACCCGUGUCCCUCACCGCCUACGUCCUGGUCGCCCUCCUGGAGGACGGCUACAUCAGGGCGCAGUACGCCGCCCAGGUGACCUCUGCCCUCGCCUACCUGGAGGCCCGGCUGGACCAGGGCGUCUCCAGCAACUACAGCCUGAGUCUGCUCAGCUACGCUCUGGCCCUGGCAGGAAGCCCCGCCUCCCACGCCGCGCUCAACCGUCUGAUUGGCCGAGCCGACCUGAGGGACGGCGUCCCGACCUGGUCCUCACCUGACGCUGGCCUGUCAUCGUCAUGGCAACCUCGCUCGGCAGACAUCGAGAUGGCGUCCUACGUUCUGCUUUCUCUCUACGAACUGAACCGGGUCGACGAAGGUCUGAGUCUGAUGAGGUGGCUGAGCCAGCAGAGGAACCACCUGGGAGGAUACGGCAGCACGCAGGACACGGUGGUGGCUCUGCAGGCUCUGUCCGCCUUCGCCGCUCUGCAGGGGUCACAGCGCUCCGACCUGGACGUCACGGUAACCAACGGGGACUCGGGCGUCGUCGCCUCCUUCCACAUCGACCAGGACAACUUCCUGCUGCUCCAGAGUCGCCAGAUUGAUCCAGAACCGGUUCUGGACCUGCAGGUGACGGCGUCGGGUCGUGGACUCGCUCUGCUCCAGCUCAACGUGUUUUACAACGUCCGCAGCCAGGAGCUGCUGAGGAUGAGGAGCGAAGAGCAGGAGGCGUUUCACCUGCAGGUGGCGCUGAGUGAGCAGCAGGACGACGCCCACCUGUUGAUCUGCUCCAGCCUGGCCCGCCACCUGGGCCUGAAUGAGACCGGGAUGGUUCUGAUGGAAGUGGGUCUGCUGAGCGGCUUCAGCGCCCGACCGGACCUGGUACCGCUGGGCGGCGCCGUGAAGCGAGUGGAGACCGAGCCGGGCAGGGCGGUUCUGUACCUGGACUCUGUGUCGACCCAGGAGUCGUGUCUGCUCGUCCCGCUGCUGGUGGAGUUCAAGGUGGCCCGGGUCCAGGAAGCCUCGGUCAGCGUUUACGACUACUACGAGCCACGGCGCAGGACGGUGCGGUCGUACCGAUCGUCUUGGCGCAGCCACGUCUCCUCCUGCGUCUUCUGCGGACUUGACUGCAGCCGGUGCCGAGCGAGCAACGACUACGAGCUGAACGCCGCGCCGCGCUGCAGCCGCCACUUCCUGCUGCGCCACUUCCUGCUGCGCCACUUCCUGCUGCUCCUCUUCGUCACCUUCAGCGCCUGAAGGCCGACAGAACAGCGGCCAGCUGGGCUGCGACCUGCAGCGGGUUCAAUAAUAAUGAUCAGAGAUUCUGAGUUCUGGCUCAAUUUCUUCCUUCUUCGGGUUUUCAGGAAUAAAUCUAGAAUAAAGUCUGAACCAGUGAAAUCACGUUUCUGCUCCGUCUGAAGCAGAUCUGGACCAGAGGACAGGCAGACAUGUUUGCUCAGAGCUGAACGGCCUAAUUAAAGCAGACAAACGAGGUUAAGGAUGAGCCUUCAGCUCAUACAGGUCACUGAAUCUUUGGCUAAAAGCAGAAAAUGAUUUUAAUAUUUCAUGUAUUCAUCAGGAGGCCGGUCCACAUCGACCAGAACCUCCAGGACCGGCACCGCGAUGCUGCUACGCUCAGCUUUUAGCUUCAGGAUCAGCUGUUAGCUUCAGGAUCAGCUGUUAGCUUCAGGA